AUGGCUAACAGUUUGCUGAUUGAAGUUUUUUCCCGUGUUUUAUUCAGCUUCACACGCGGCGUGACGGAGCAUUACGACCCUGAUGAGCCUGAAGUGGAGACGUUUGGAUAUAACGAAAGCUUAAGCAGUGAGGGUCGAGAGUGGAAUUGUCAGCCCGUUGAUAAACCUAUUUACCAGGAAUAUUCACCGCCAUCGGACGACAAUUAUGAUCUCUUGUCAGUCGAUAAUUCUCGAGUUAGAUAUCGGGUUAUUGACGCGAGCUCACCAGAUGAAGAUGGAGACGAACAGCAAAAUGAAGAUGAUGAAAUGGCUUGGAAGCGAUUCAGACCAUCCGUUCUUCGCACAGUUUGUCAAUCAAUGUACAUCGGCGCAUUGAUUUCACUUCUAGCCGCUGUUAUCCUCGGCCUUUUUUAUAUCAUGAUCUCUUACGUCUCGUCCGAACCGGUGCAGAACUGGCAAUUUCACCCGAAGGAGACAAUCCCAGUUAAAAUACAGUGGAUCGGUAUUUUGCGUAGGGUAAUAGGUGUUGCCUUUCUUUAUAUGUGGUUCUCUGCAGGAAUGCUUUUUCUUUUUCGACCGUAUCAGUUAAAGGGCGUGAAGAGAAAACUCAUUCUUGUUGCUUUUGUCUUUUCCUGUGUGGAUACAGUGUAUCGUGUUGGAAUAUCUCAUUACAAGUUUUCUGUAAUUCCUCUCUAUGUUAUAUUUCUAAUCAGCAUAUGCUGCCAAAUUUUUCUUCUAACAAAUCACUUCGGGAACUUGUCGAGUAGAGCGACUUUAUUUAUUAAAUUGACAACACCCUACUGCUUCACUCUCUUUUUUGCCAUCUUUGUAAAAGUGUUUAUUUAUCCAGUUUACAACAAACAAAAUGAACGUGGAAAACUCCUUGUUGCACUCUUCUCACCUCUCUUUGUAGUUAUCUUUAAGGUAAUCUUACGACUUUGCGCUCAACGCUUGAAGAAAAUUGUUCAUCCGGGCUACUCGUACACCUUGCUAGUGCCGUUGUAUUUUGGAUCAGCGAUGAUGUUUCGAGUAACGCAGGCAGAAAUUCCUAACCUCACAUUCAUCGCUGUUCUUGGAAUAAUCCACGGCGCGGUAGAAGUUCUAGAGCGAAGCACCGUGGUCUUUGUUGAUCAUAUUUGCCAUGUAAUCUUGAAAAGAAAAUUAGCUCCUUGGGGAAGUUUACGCACUCCUCGCCGUGAGAGACUAAUGGCUGACAUUGCCAUUUUAAGCAUGUUAUGUGAAUCAACUGCUAUUGUGUCUGUUAACGGCGUCUCGUAUCUGUAUCAGUUCACCUACUUACAAAAAAUUCCAUUUUUAAAGCUUCUUCAGGAAUUUGUUAUUCAUACCGCUGUUGCGUUGAUGAUUCAAUGGUUUUUCACUGGCGUAUCCUUGGCCAUCGAGACUCGCUUUCAGAAUAUCGCAGUUAUGGCUGUUUGGCGCAAAAGAUGGAAAAGACACAUUUUUGUUGCAAUGGCCAAUCUGUUUAUAAUGGCUCUCUCGAAGACAGCAACUUUCUUGGAAGUAGUGCAUGGGCGCUUUGAUGAGGGUAAAGGUCAUCCGUACGAAAUGCCUUUCACAUAG